AUGGGAUAUUCAUACUAUUUGAGUUUCCUGUUGACUUUAUGCCUUUUAAGUCCUCACAAUGGGCAAAAUAUGCCAUACAAAGCUGUGAAUCUGGGAAACUGGCUUGUUGCUGAAGGGUGGAUGAAACCUUCUCUCUUUGAAGGAAUUGUCAACAAAGAUCUCUUGGAUGGAACUCAAGUGCAACUAAUGUCCACAAAGCUCCACAAGUAUCUCUGUUCUGAAAAUGGAGGAGGAGCUGCUGUUGUAGCCAACCGUGAUUCACCUUCUGGAUGGGAAACAUUCAGGCUGUGGAGGGUGAGUGAUUCAUCCUUCAAUUUGAGAGUGUUGAACAAGCAAUUUGUGGGGCUGGAAAAUCAAGGAGGUGGAAACAAAAUUGUAGCAGUUUCAAAUUCUCCCAGCAAACCGGAAACCUUUGAGAUUAUAAGGAAUGAUAAUGAUCCCCUCAAAGUUCGACUCAAAGCAUCAAAUGGUCUGUUUUUACAGGCUCAAUCAGAGACGUCAGUGACUGCAGAUUAUCAAGGCACAAAUUGGGAAGCAAGUGACCCUUCAGUCUUCCAUAUCAAUAUUGUACGCACUUUACAAGGAGAGUACCAACUUACUAAUGGUUAUGGCCCAGGCAAAGCUCCUCAAGUACUGCGGAAUCACUGGAACACAUACAUAACAGAAGACGACUUCAGAUUCAUGUCAACAAAUGGAUUAAAUGCAGUGAGAAUACCAGUUGGAUGGUGGAUAGCUAAAGAUCCAAACCCUCCUAAGCCCUUUGUUGGAGGAUCUUUGGCAGCACUAGACAAUGCUUUCAAAUGGGCACAAAACCAUGGCAUGAAAGUGAUCGUGGACUUGCAUGCAGUUGAAGGUUCUCAGAAUGGCAAUGACCAUAGUGGCACAAGAGAUGGAUAUUUAGAAUGGGGAGAUUCACAUAUACCUAACACGGUCGCAGUCAUAGACUUCUUAGCCGAAAGAUAUGGUAACAGACCAAACCUAGGAGGAAUAGAACUGAUGAAUGAGCCACAAGGUGUGAACAUAGACAGCCUUAAGAAGUAUUAUCGAGAAGCUUAUGAUGCUGUGAGGAAGCACAGCCCAAGUGCAUAUGUGAUAAUGUCAAACCCAUUGGAUAAAGAUUCUAAGGUGCUUCUCUCAUUUGUGAAAGACUUCGACAGAGUAGUACUCGAUGUGCAUUACUACAAUCUUUUUUCGAGUAAAUUCGACGACAUGAAUGCUCAACAAAAUAUUGACUACAUAAGAAACGAACGAGCCUCAGACCUUAGCGGCGUCUCUUCAACUAAUGCUCUUACUUUUGUAGGGGAAUGGACGGGUGAGUGGAGUGUGAAAAAUGCUGCUAAAGAAGACUACCAAAGAUACGCUCAAGCACAAUUGGAUGUGUAUUCUCGUGCAACUUUUGGAUGGGCCUAUUGGGCCUACAGGUGUAAGUUUAACCAUUGGAGCCUCAAGUGGAUGAUCGAAAAUGGUUUCAUAAAGCUCUAG